AUGACCGAGAAUUGCGAUUCUCCCAAUUCGAUUCUAUCCGACGCCUGUCAGGAUCUCAACCCCGAGGCACCACCAGCUCCGCUUGAUUUGCUCUCAACCGUCUCAUCCGUUUUUUGCCAACGAUCAGAGAGGCUCCAGCGAGAAGCCCUUGCUCGUACAGAUGCAGAGAUCGAGGCUGGGUUCGUCGCUACUCGAGAAGCACGGAUUAAGGAGAAGCUCGAAGAAUUGGAGGAGUUGGACGAAGAGUUGGAGGGGGAAGAGGCAUCAAAAGACGAGUGGGACCAAAAUGAGUAUGAGGAUGAAAUUCCUUCUAGAGAAGACGUCGAGGCUUUCGUCAAUGGCGUGAUUGAUAAAGAAACCACAGGCUCCGUUCUUGACCGUGCAAUAGGAGAGACAAUAGAGGACCAUAGAAAGCGGAUCAAAACUCUUGAGGACCGCAUCCAGAGAUAUCAACUCUCCAAGUUCGUGCUCGAAGACGUGCGGGGAGAUCCUCCAAGACGCCAUGGAGACCUCUGUCUAGUCAAGGACUCUAAGCAUCCUAUUGCAGUGUGUUGGCGGUUUCCCGGGGGCCAAGAAAGCGGUGAUAAUGAACAGGUGGAACUAGAGUGGUGGUUGGAGAGGCUGACGAAUAAGGGUCAGGCAGAGGGCGUCCAGGCUUUGCCCGUGUGGCAUGAGGUCGAUAGUAACCCAAGUAAUAACGGUGGUGAAGAAGAGGAGAUGCCCCAAAAGUGGCAAGACUUGUUGAAAGGAUCUGCCAAAAGAAAGAUAAGUGCACAGUAA